GCGAGUUGCACGGCCGCCUCCGUAUAUAUAUCGACGUUCGGUCGCCGUAUAUAUAUCGAGUGUGUAGCUAUUUUUCGACUCCGAUUCUCGAAAAUAUCAUCCAUAAACCCUUCCUUUACGCUGCUGCUGUGUAUGUGUGCAUGUGUGCUGCAUCCGAAGAAGAAGAGAAGCGACACUGCAGCGCGCACCGUUACAGCCUUUAAACUUCUAUAUUUGUAUGGUGCAUCGAGAGGGGACUAUUAUUAUCGUUGAAGUUAUGUGACGUGGUCCCGUAGUUGUGGUGCAGUUUUCCAAGUGUUCCGUGUAGCUUCGUGGUACGAUACAAUACGCAAGAUCGCGUUUAUCAGUGUAAUUUAUACCAAAGUAUCGAGGAAAGAAAAAAUCGAGCUUUUAUCGCUGUCGCGAUCUCACGCGCAAGCACGAUGAUGAUAAGGGAAAAAAUGCGACAAGUGGAAGAAGACGCCGAGGCGAUCAGCUGCGCCUGCAGCCGGCGACGACAACGACAUUCGUGUCAUCGCGAGACGACGAACUAAUAAUAAUAAUACACGAGAGUGCGCCAGAGCUUUUUGCUUAUAUCCAUCGUCGGGAGAGAUAUCGACUUGCAGCGACGAAAUAGGAUAAUAAUAAAAAAAGGAGCAGAAGAGAAAAAAAACAACAAGAAACGCAGCUUUGCGUGCGUAUCGUGUGUGUAAGUUUGUGCGCAAGUGAGUGGCAGCAUCGAUUUCGAGGUAUUUUUCACAAAGUAGAUAAUUUUGAUCUCGUCCACGGCGACGAGAGCAAAAUAAACAGCAAACCGCUCAAAUGGUGCAGCCCGUUACCACGGAGAACAACAACUCCGCCCUCGACAUGGAGUCGCUCGAGGAGAUGCUUCGCAAGCUGUCGGAGUUGGAGCAGCGAGUUCUGGAAGCCGAGAGACGAGCCGACGAGGCGGAAGACAAGGUACGGAUGAUGGAGGAGCGGUUGGUGAAGGGUGAAUACUGCCUGAGUACCGCGGGCUCGCCGGCCCACAACAAUUCGUCCUCGCUGCCGUCCACCUCGACGAGCAACAACAGCAGCGUCGGGAGUGUUGGCAGCGUCGGAGGAGGUGGAGGAGGCAGCAGCGCCUCGGCCACCGCCGCAGCCGUACUCGCGGACAGCAACAGCGCCGUGGUGCUCGCCGCCCUGCAGAACAAUGACCGGCUCAACGCAGCCGCCGACAACGACGUGCACUGCGCCUGCUACUCGAAGCUAGAGACCCAGGUCGAAGAGCAGCGACAGCUGAGACUGCAGGACCGAAGACAGGUGAAGGCCAAAGCGGCGCUGAUCAAGGAGUGGGUGACGAACAAGUUGCGCGAGCUCGAGGAGCAGAACCAGCUGCUGCGAGAGAAGAACGACAAGUGCACCCAGCAGCUCGAGUUGCUGCGCAAUCACAUACGUAACAUCGGCUUGAGACCACCGCUACAGACGCGAGUCGUGCUGUCGCUCGAGGUCGAUUCGAACCUGCGCCGUCGCUCGGAGGUGCUCGAGAGCACGACAGCCGCCCAUCAUCAUCAUCAUCAUCAUCAGCAAGUGACUUCCACGGCGAUGCCGGAGGCUGCCUCGAACAACUCCUCGGCGGCCGGCGAUCAGCUGCUGCCCGCUCAUCAUCAGCAGCAUCACAACAAUCAUCAUCCGCUGCAGCCGCAUCAUCAGCACCAGCUGAAUCUACCCCCGGAGGCGUCCAAGAGCGCCCAGACGUCCCCGGCCAAUACCAAGCAUCGCCGGCACUUUUCCUUCUCCGCCUGCUCGGGUACGCUACUACAGCAGGCCGGAGUGCAGAACAACGUCAAUAUGGACUCGAGUCUCCUGUCGGAGGAAUUGGCCGCCGCCGUGGAGAACCUCGUGCUGAUGCCGACGAGCACGAUGCAGACGCAGACGCAGACCUCGACCUCGUCCCUCAUACCCGGCGCCAGUGGCACGGCCUCGAGCGUCGCCUCGACCACGCCCAGUCUCCGGGACAGCGGCGCCUCGGCGGACAGCGCCAACGAGGCCAUGCACGACUACGCCGAGAUCUACACGCCGAGUCGCGAGGGUGCCUCCGUCACGGUGAUGACGGGGGGGCCCACUGGUUCCGUAGGCGUGGGUCCCAUCGUCGGUGGUGGCUCGACCUGGCCCAGUGCCAACGCCGCCGGUGGAGCGGCUCAGGCCGUCGCGCCCACCGCCAAAUCUUCCGACGAUCUGCUGGACGGAAAGCUGCAGAAGCAGCAGCAGCAGCAUCACAAGCAGCGAGAGCAGCAGAGACCACCCACGCCACCGCUGCACAGGUUCCCGAGCUGGGAGGCCAAAAUUUACCAGGUUGCCGACGGCGGCUUGGGCAUCGGUCCGCCGACCAACGACGACUCGUCCCAGCCCUCCACGACGACCAACACGGCCUCGUCCAAGCACUCGACGUCGAAUCAUCGCGCCACCGAGGGCUACUGCGACAUCUCCGUGCCGGUCUACGCCACGGUCAAGGGUCGCGCCAGUCAGAUACGCUCGAUGCCCUUCGGCGACAGCUCCGACGACAGCUCGGACGGCGAGGGUGGCGGAGGCGGAGGUGGCGGUGGCGGUGGUGGAGGCGGAGAUCACAACAAUCUGCUGCUGCUGAACAAUCAGAACAAUCAUCAUCAGAGCAGCGGCACGCGCAUUACCAACAGCUCGUCCGACAAUACGGAGUCGUCGCUGGGCAGCGCCAGCAGUCCGUCCAAGAGCGUCAAGACCAACAGCAGCCUCAGUCCGGCCAAGCGCAGCUCCGGCAGCGGCGGUGGCUCGCCGAGCAAGAGCGUGAAGCGCGACAGGUCCAUCGAGUCGGGCCUGUCGGAGGACUACGCGAUACCGCCCGACGCACUGAGCUCGACCUCGCUCGAGUCCUCGAUGCCGAGCCUGCUGAUGCGCGUCUCCGGCGACUCGCCCAAGCGACUCGAGUCCCUGGAAAAAUCCGGCCAUCUGGCCAAGCUCGGCGGCAAGCUCAAGACCUGGCGCAAGCGCUACUUCGUGCUCAAGAACGGCGUGCUGUGCUACUGGAAGAGCCAGAGCGACGCGGCGCAGCGCAAACCCCAGGGACAGAUCAUGCUCGACGACGUGUGUCGCAUCAACAGGGCCGAGGGCGCGGCCACCUUCGAGAUAGCCACGGGCAAGAAGACGUACUAUCUUACCGCCGAUUGCAUAGCCACGAUGGAGGACUGGAUAAGGGUGCUGCAGAACGUGCAGCGUAGGAACGCGACGAAGCUGCUGCUGAGUCGCGAGGACAACAAGCCAACGAUACAGGGCUGGCUGACCAAGGUGAAGAACGGGCACGCCAAGAAGUGCUGGUGCGUGCUCAUCGGCAAGAUGUUCCUCUACUUCAAGUGUCCCAACGAUAUGAAUCCACUCGGCCAGAUCAACAUGCGCGACGCCCGCGUCGAGGAGGUCGAGCACAUGUCGGACAGCGACAGCGAGGAGCGCGACUCGGAUCACACCCCACCCGAGCAGACCAUCGGCAUUUUCCCGUCGCAUCAGGGCCCCACCUAUCUUCUCAUGCAGCACAAGCAGGACAAGGACAACUGGCUCUAUCACUUGACGGUGGUGUCGGGCGGCGGUCCCAACGCCGGCACCCAGUACGAGCAGAUGGUGCACAAGCUCAUGGAGACGGACGGCGAUGCGAACUGCGUACUGUGGCGGCAUCCGCUGCUACUCUACAGCAAGGAGAACAUCACGAGUCCGUUGACGAGUCUGACCUCGGAGUCGCUGCAGACCGAAGCGGUGAAGUUGUUCAAGGCGAUACAGUUGUUCAUGUCGGUGGCGGUGGAGCAGGCCGGUAUCGACUACCACGUGGUGCUGGCGCAGAACGCCCUGCAGCAGUGCCUCGACCAGCCCGAGCUCCAGUCCGAGUGCAUCUGCGCCCUGGUGAAGCAGACGAGCAGACACACCCAGCACAGGCUGGGCGUACAGGUAAAAAAGGCCGCAAGACACGUGUCGCUGGGCGCGACUGCGCGCGUCCAAUUGUUGCUGUGCGCAACGCAGUCGCUGUUCACCUGCGACGCCCUGCACCAAGCCCACGGCCAUCACGCCAACGGCACCACCGACUGCCGCUUUUCCGGCGGCGGCUCGGGCGAUCACGCCGACGACGUUCAAUCCAUCGUCGGCGUGCCGCACCACUCCUCCUCGUCCUCGAAUACUCAUCAAAGCAAUCAUCCUAACUGCGCGCAGGCACACCAUCAUCAUCAUCAUCACUCGUCCUCGACCAGUCUGCACGACUGCAAGACGAAUCCGGCCCAGUUCGUGAUGAUACAGGGCUGGCAGCUGCUUUCGCUGGCCGUCUCGCUGUUUCUGCCCAGGAACAAUCGGGUGCUGUGGUAUCUGAAGAAGCACCUGCAGAGGAACGCCGACAGCAAGACCGAGUGCGGCAAGUACGCGGCCUACUGCGAGCGAGCCCUGGCCCGCACCCUGGAGAACGGUCCGCGCGAGGUCAAGCCCUCGCGCAUGGAGGUGCUCUCGAUACUGCUCAAGAAUCCCUAUCAUCACUCGCUGCCGCACGCCAUACCCGUCCACUUUCUCAACGGCACGUACCAGGUGGUGAGCUUCGACGGCAGCACCACCAUCGAGGAGUUCCUCGCCACCAUGAACCAGGAGAUCGGCUGCCGCGACGCUCACCAGUCGGGCUUCACCCUGUUCAGCGACGACCCCAUCGAGAAGGACCUCGAGCACUUCAUCGACAUGCAGGCCAAGCUCUGCGACAUCAUAUCCAAGUGGGAGACGGCCCUCAGGGAGAAGGGCUCGGGCAAGUUCGAGAACACCCGGGUCAUACAGCUGACCUACAAGUCGCGCUGCUACUGGCGUCACGCCGCCAAGAUGGAGACGGAUCGCGAGCGUCUGCUCUUCUGCUACCAGGUGAACCAGCAGGUGGUGCACGGCAAGUUCCCGGUGAAUCGCGAGCUGGCCUUCGAACUGGCGGGCUUGAUGGCGCAGAUCGACUGCGGCGAGUACAACGCCGACAAGCUUCGCGGCACCAGUGGUCAGAGCGGUGGAAGCAACAAUCCGCAUCACGUGGUGCUCCAGGCGCUGGACAAGUUCUAUCCGGUGCGCUACAGGUCGAACAUCACCGCCGAGCAGCUGCGCGAGCUGCAGGACAAGCUGCAGGAGAAGUGGAUGUCGCUGAAGGGCCGCAGCAUCGCCGACUGCGUGCGCAUCUAUCUGACGUGCACGCGCAAGUGGCCGUUCUUCGGCGCCACCCUCUAUCAGGCCAAGAUCAAGCAGCCCGAUCCGCAGACCGUCUGGAUCGCCGUGAACGAGGACAGCGUGACGCUGCUCGAGCUCCAGACGAUGGCCGUGAUCUGUCGCUACAAUUACGCCAACAUCGUGACGUUCGGCGGCUGCCUCGACGACUUCAUGCUCGUCGCCUGUCCGGACGAGGGCGCGGCCGAGCAGAAGCUCAUACUCGCCCUGAGCAAGCCCAAGAUCCUGGAGAUCACCCUGCUCAUUGCGGACUACAUGAACGCCCUCGGUCACACGCUGCCCGGCACGCCCCAGAUGAACACGCUGACGCGCAACGGCUCGCAUCGCUCGAUCAAGUCCACGCUGAGAACGGCCACUGGAUUAUUGAGUUACAUGCCCACGCAGCCAGACAUUCUCAAGUCAACGCCGGAUCAUCAGCGUCCAUGAGACACCUACUCGAAUCUAAAUCAAACCGAAGAAUUGUUAUAUACGUUGAAGCAGCAGCAGCCGGGCUCGAUCAAAGCCAUGCGUUAUUUGAA